UAUCGAUUCUUAUGAGGCUAGAAUACCGAGUAGAGCUUCCGGAUCAUGACUGGGUCAUUGCUAAAAGGCAUAAGCUGAUUUCUUCAGUUUAUGCAGUAUUAGAUAUGCAAGAAGGUAAGUAUGCACAUGCUGAUACGGUAACAUAUUCGGGCCCAACUUUUAUAAGAAUCCACAGUAGUAAGCAUGAUAGUAGUACCAUGUACUCACAUGAAAAAGAUUUUGAUGACUUGAUGAAUAAGAAGCAAUUGCGCAACUACACUACAACAACAAAUGAACAACCUAAACCUGUAGUGGUACUGCUAAGUGAUGGUAGUCCUGACGAGAAUCCUGCUGGAGAUGUUUUAACAUCAGUAUGGGAAAAUACAAUUAUAGAUAGUUAUCCGGUUCUUGUCAAAUAUAUAAAUCCUUUUAAAGAAUAUCACUAUCCAAAUGAGAAGUCGGCACUUUGGAUAGAGAAACAUAUAAUGACUUGUUGUUACAUGACUCAAGUCACAAAGUGUGAUGAUCAAAGCUAUCGCAAACCAUUUCGAAGUGGAAUAAGACAAAUUCUUCCUAAUUGCUUUUUCCCCCACCACUCAAAAUUUAACAAAAGCCUUUCGGAAUCUAACUUAUCUGUAGAACCUUCUUUGGAUGUUCAAGAUUUCCAAGUAGACACUAAUGCGUCUAUUUACAACUAUCGACAUGAUGAAGUCUUGGUUAGUAACCAAAGUAAGGACGCUAUGUGGGUGGAAAAAGAAAUAGUACCAGAAGAUGUAUUAGAAACUUAUCAUCAACAAGUACAGAUUCAAGAAAAAUUGAUUGCAGAUAAAGUAUUAAUAGUUGACUGGGACACUUGGAAUCAAUCUAUUUCUUCAUAUUCAAUAGUAUAUUUGACUUAUAAUAGUAUUACUAGAAAAGCUGAAUACAGACCCAAAAAACCACAUCAUGGCAACGGAGAGAGGAGUAAAUCGAGUGGAAUACCAUUG